AUGCGUACCGAGGCAUUCGUUGUGCAGCGUCGUAGCUGCACCAUGGCGGACGUCUUCCAAACAAAUGAACGCACGAUUCUAAUCGGUGUUUUCAUAUUGAACGGAAAUGCACCCUCCAUUUCAAGUAGUACGAAGUCGUACUGGGAGCAGGCCCUCGGCAGUGACGAAUGGAUAAUUGACCCGCCAUCAGAGGAGGAGUCAACAACGUCAUCCCUGCUUUGUCAUGAUAUUGUGAAUGCUCAACAACCCACGUGGUGGACUACUGUUCGACAGCAGUUGGAUCGCCUUCAGCUGGCCGUCUACGAAGCCCCCAAAGGAUGGUAA